GCAACUGUCGUGUGGAGUAGUUCAUUCGCUUCUCCUUCAACAGCCCAAUUUCUUUUACAGAUUUCAGAAUAGGAUCGAAGAAUCUGAAUUCAGGAGAAAAUUGGGAGCAUUGUUCUUCUUCUUCCUGUUCUUCGUGAUCGUCUUCCGUAUCGAGACGAAUGGAGUCGUUUCCGUCAUCUUCUCAGCUAGCUCAGAAAACCUGGGAGCUUGAGAACAAUAUCAUCUCCGUCGAUACUCCUCCGACCACUUCCAAAGCUUCUGAUUCUUCCUCCGAUGCGAUAUUCUACUACGACGAGGCCGCACAGGCCAAGUUUCAGCAGGAAAAGCCGUGGAAAAAUGAUCCUCAUUACUUCAAGCGUGUGAAGAUCUCUGCCCUCGCGCUUCUUAAAAUGGUGGUCCAUGCACGCUCCGGUGGAACUAUAGAGGUCAUGGGACUGAUGCAGGGGAAGACUGAUGGAGACGCUAUUAUCGUCACGGAUGCCUUCGCCUUGCCCGUCGAAGGUACUGAAACUAGGGUUAAUGCUCAGGCUGAUGCGUACGAGUAUAUGGUCGAUUACUCUCAGACUAAUAAACAGGCGGGGAGGUUGGAGAACGUAGUAGGAUGGUACCAUUCUCAUCCAGGUUACGGAUGCUGGCUUUCGGGUAUUGAUGUUUCCACACAAAUGUUAAACCAGCAAUUUCAGGAGCCUUUUUUGGCUGUUGUAAUUGAUCCCACGAGAACCGUUUCUGCUGGAAAGGUUGAGAUUGGGGCUUUCAGGACCUAUCCUGAAGGAUAUAAGCCACCAGAUGAGCCUGUUUCUGAGUAUCAAACCAUCCCACUUAAUAAGAUUGAAGACUUUGGUGUGCAUUGUAAACAGUAUUAUGCGCUUGAUAUCACUUAUUUCAAAUCUUCACUUGACUGCCACCUUUUGGAUUUGCUUUGGAACAAGUACUGGGUUAAUACCCUUUCGUCUUCUCCGCUCUUGGGUAAUGGAGAUUAUGUUGCUGGGCAAAUCUCAGAUUUAGCUGAAAAACUUGAGCAGUUGGAGAAUCAGUUAGCUCACUCCCGCUUUGGGCCAUUAAUUGCUCCUUCUCAGAGGAAGAAGGAGGAAGACUCGCAACUUGCUAAGAUCACCCGUGACAGCGCAAAGAUAACGGUGGAGCAGGUUCAUGGUUUGAUGUCACAGGUUAUCAAGGACACCCUUUUCAACUCAGUACGACCAUGCAAUAAAUCUCGGCCAGAGCUAUCCGAGCCCGAACCAAUGGUGGAAAGCUGAUGUACCCCCAGCUUUUGCAAGUCGAGAAACUGAUGAAAUCUUAAACACCCUGAUGCUCAAUGUUUUCAUACACCAGGCAAUACUAGAGAAAGGUGCACAUUCUUGUCUAAAUUGCUGGGUAUUUUUUUUUUACUCCAUAUUCUGAUACAAAGAAUGUUCUUCCCUUUUCAUUUUAAUUUCAUCACAGUGCUAAGUAGUGGCCUCUUCACAUUUUAGGUUCUUUUUCUUCUUUUACUUGCUAAUCUCACAAGCAUACGAUGUGGUUAUGUCUUUUGGUACUGUGAAUUCUCAAUUUCUACUCCUCAUUUUUUUCCCAUA